GUUGCUGACGUGGCGUGAAGAACCGGCUCAAGAACCGAAAAUUUCAGAGACAAACAGACAGUUUAAAAAAAAAAAAAAAGGCCAAUCCUUCGGACAAAUAGAUAGAAAGAGAGAGACAAAAGGAAAAAUUGAACCUUUUUUUUUUUAAGAAACUCAAAAAAAUAAAACCCUUCGAAAUCUCAAAAUUUCUCGUGUUCUCACCUUCAAAGAUCUCGAAUAUAUGUAAUUUUUUUAUUCACAGCUGUCGAAAUUAUCUGUCAAAAGCUCAACGGCCUUAAAAUUUUUCAGGGGGGGUGAGAAUUUGGCGUUGUUGCAGGCAUUGUAGGUGACAUUACAUGGGCAUUAUUGAAAUCGAAGCUCUGUUUCAAAUGUUGGAGAAAGGAGGAGUUUGUUGCUAUAUUUUGAAGAAAGAUAUAUGAAUUAUAGGGUUUGAAGUGAAAUUUGAGCUGUUUUUUGAGAGCUGGAAUUAUCGAAUUUAUGGGUUAGAUUAAAAAAAAAAAGGAAUUCAAAUCUUGUUUUGGUUGUAAAAUUUACACAAAUGGUAGCUCUGUGAAGUGGAGGUGUUUUCAUGGAGCAAAGUUGGAAAAUAAUAAUAAGGGUGGAUUGGUGGUCUAAUGGCUGCACCUUGAAUGGCUGAUUCCCAGAGAAUUGGUCUCGCCGAGAGGGAUAUCGACCAGGCCAUUACAGCACUAAAGAAAGGAGCGUACUUGCUCAAGUAUGGACGUAGGGGGAAACCCAAGUUUUGCCCUUUCCGACUCUCCAAUGAUGAGUCUAAAUUGAUAUGGUACUCUGGGAAAGAAGAGAAAUAUCUUAAGCUUAGUCAAGUUUCCAGGAUCAUACCUGGACAACGUACUGCAGUUUUUCAAAGAUAUCCUCGGCCUGAAAAGGAGUAUCAAUCAUUUUCAUUGAUAUGUAAUGACAGGUCCUUGGAUUUGAUAUGUAAAGAUAAGGAUGAAGCUGAAGUUUGGUUCGUUGGUCUUAAGGCAUUGAUUUCUCAUGGUUCCUACCGCAAGUGGAGAAUUGAAGUAGGAAGUGAUAGUGCAUCACCAGAUAGUCCUCAAUCACGCAACCGAAAAAAUUCUCCGAAGUCACCAUUUGAUCCGGGAGACGCUCAAGGAAUUCAAGCACCUUAUGAGGCACAAAAUAGAUUUGGAAAGGCAUUCGCUGACAUAAUUACACAUACUGCUUUAGACAAGAAUGUCAGUCAAACAGAUUUAGUUGACUCUUGCUUAUCAUCAGCUGGGUCUGUAGAGAACUCAAAUAGUCGAAGUUCUGGGGCAGAUGCAAUUAGAGUCAGUUUAUCAAGUGCUCUAAGUUCAUCAAGCCAUGGUUCUUGUCGUGAAGACUUUGAUGCCUUGGGUGAUGUUUUUAUAUGGGGACAAGGUAUUGGUGAUGGAGUAUUGGGUGGUGGUGUGGAUAAAGUUGGCAAUUCAUUCAACACAAAGAUGGAUGCACUUCUUCCAAAGGCAUUGGAAUCAACAGUGAUUCUAGAUGUGCAUAAUAUUGCUUGUGGAGAAAAGCAUGUAGUUUUAGUCACAAAGAAGGGUGAGAUUUUCAGUUGGGGGGAGGAAUCAGGGGGCAGGCUUGGGCAUGGUGUGGAAGCAGAUGUUCCCCACCCUAAGCUAAUAGAUACUCUCAGUGGCAUGAAUUUUGAAUCGGUAGCAUGUGGGGAGUAUCACACUUGUGCUGUUACAGUCUCUGGGGAUCUUUUUACAUGGGGCGAUGGAACACACAACUCUGGUCUGCUUGGGCAUGGAAGUGAAGUAAGUCACUGGAUCCCCAGAAAGGUAAAUGACAUGGAGGGUAUACAUGUCUCAUAUAUAUCCUGUGGACCUUGGCAUACAGCUCUCGUGACAUCUGGUGGCCAGUUGUUGACAUUUGGAGAUGGAUCUUUUGGUGCACUGGGCCAUGGGGAUCGUAGUAGCUCAACUAUUCCACGGGAAGUGGAGACUUUGAGCGGAUUACGGACGACAAGGAUUGCCUGUGGUGCUUGGCACACUGCUGCAGUUGUUGAGGUUGUGACUGAAUCAUCUGAUUCUGAAUCUCCAGCUAUCUCUUCUUCAGCAAAGCUGUUUACAUGGGGGGAUGGAGAUAAAGGCCAACUUGGGCAUGGCGAUAAAGAACCUAGACUUUCUCCCGAAUGUGUAGCUGCUCUAUCUGAGGACAGUAUCUGCCGGGUAGCAUGUGGACAUAAUCUCACAGUUGCUCUUACAACCUCAGGACGAGUGUAUACGAUGGGGAGUUCGGCUUAUGGUCAAUUGGGGAGUGCUACAGCUGACGGCAAGGUUCCAACAAGGGUUGAAGGUAAAAUAGCAGACAGCUUUGUGGAAGAGAUUGCCUGUGGAUCGUAUCAUGUAGCUAUUUUGACUUCCAAAACAGAGGUUUACACGUGGGGAAAGGGCACAAAUGGUCAAUUAGGUCAUGGAGAUAUUAAUGACAGAAAUACACCAACGCUCGUUGAUUUUCUGAAAGACAAGCAAGUCAAGAGUUUAGUUUGUGGUUCAAACUUUACUGCAAUUAUAAGUCUUCAUAAAUGGGUAUCAAGUGCUGAUCAUUCCAUGUGCUCCGGUUGUCGAAAUCCUUUUGGUUUCAGAAGAAAACGUCACAACUGUUAUAAUUGUGGACUAGUCUUCUGCAAAGCAUGUACUAUUAGAAAAUCUCUGAAGGCUUCUCUGGCUCCAACUAUGAACAAACCAUAUAGGGUGUGUGAUGACUGUUUCGCUAAAUUGAGAAAAAGUGCAGAAUCUGUUUCUACUGUCUGGACUCCUAAAGCCAGAAAUGGAAUUUUACCUCGUAAAUCCAUUGAGAUGAUAGAUAGAGAGGCUUUAGCUCCCAAGUUACAGGCACAACUCUCCAGACUGUCUUCUGUUGACGCGAGUAAUCAGGCUGAAAGCCGGAAUUUCAAGCGUGAACUGAAACUAGAAUUACACUAUCGCCCUCUCUUCCCAGCUCAGAAUGGAAAAUUUAAUCUCAGAGGAUUGUAUACACCAAAGGUAUCAAUUUCUCCGGUUGGAGAUCAUUCUAAGAAACUUUUAUCAGCUUCCAUGUCUAGUUCCAGAAAGACUUCUCCGGCAAUGUCUCCUGCUUCAGGAAAGUCAAGCCCAAAUCGAUCUUCUGUAGUAACUUUUGAUGAUUCAAAGCAAAUGAAUGACAGUCUCAACCAAGAAAUCAUAAAUUUAAGGGCACAGGUCGAAGAUCUUACUUGCAAAUCUCAACAUCUUGAAGCUGAACUUGAAAAGACAUCGAGGAAAUUAAAAGAGGUCACUGCAAUAGCAGAAAAUGAAGCUGAAAAAUGCAAAUCAGCCAAGGAAGUUAUUAGGUCUCUUACUGCUCAGUUGAAGGAAGUGGCUGAUAUUCUUCCAGCAGGCCAGCAUGCCCUCUACAAAUCCAGUUCUAUUGCCAAACACGCAUCAGACACCGAGCACCUGUUCUCAAAUGACAGCCAUGCAACUAGCAUGAUAUCUCCACGAAGUGAAGCAAAUUGCAAUUCAGAAAACCUAAACAUUUCUCGUGGAACCAAAGGACAAACUGAAAAGUCAGAGACGGUAAUACAAGAUGAACCAGGAGUGUACAUAACUUUGUUACCCUUGCCCAAUGGCAGUAAUGAACUCAAGCGUGUUCGCUUUAGUCGGAAAUAUUUCACAGAAGAACAAGCAGAAAAAUGGUGGGCUAAAAAUGGGCCUAAAGUAUGUGAGCGGCAUAAUAUCCUGAAUGCAUAUUAGUUGUGAAGCUUGACCACCACUGGAGUUGGUACUGGCAUUGCCAUUCUACAUGACCCUCUUCCUAUCCACUGGAAAACUGUACAUAUCUUGUCCAAAUUACACAAAAGGAGCUUUUAUCAAGGAUUUCCUGGUCAGAACUUGGCAGGUAGAGUGAUGAAGAAAUUAAGAAUGUAGGAAAAAAAGUGAAAGGAUACGAUAAAUUGCACUGUGAGGAACUGCUUUUUCUUUUUCUUUUUGUUUUUCUUGGAUCCUAAGAUUAGUUAACAGAUCAUUUUCUUCUUUGGAGCAUUUUGUUGCCUUUUUUCUACACUUUAGUAACUAUUGGUAUUUUUUUGGAAGA